UUACGAGUAGCUUGACAGUGGUGUGAAGAUGGCGGCGUACAGACACCCUGCGCUGCUGCCGCUGCUGUUAUCUUGCGUGUGUCUCUGCGGUUUCGGCUCCGUCCUCGGCUUGAAGGAUGCCAGCGGCCCGGCCGAGCCACCCAACCCGCCCGUCCUCAGAGCGGUUGAUCCCCCGGCCAAGAAUGCACCUGCCGCCGCUGCUGCUGCCGCUGCUGCCGCUGGGGCCUCCCAGCCUCGAAGGGCGACCAGUUGGAAGCUGUCGGAGGAGGCGGCCUGCCGCGAGGACCUGUCCCGCCUCUGCCCCAAACACACCUGGACUAACAACCUGGCCGUGCUGGAGUGCCUGCAGGACCGCAGAGAGGAAUCUGACAUUGCUCCUGACUGUAACCAUCUUCUGUGGAACUAUAAACUUAAUCUGACCACAGAUCCAAAGUUUGAGUCGGUGGCCAUGGAGGUCUGCAAGAGCACCAUCAAUGAGAUUAAGGAGUGUAACGAGGAGGAGCGAGGGAGGGGCUACCUGGUGUCCUGUCUGGUGGAUCACCGUGCCAACGUCAGCGAGUACCAGUGCAACCAGUACAUCACCAAGAUGACGAGCAUCGUCUUCAGCGACUACAGACUGAUCUGCGGCUUCAUGGACAAAUGUAAAGACGACAUCAACAGCCUGCGCUGCGGCAGCAUCAACGUGGGACACAAGGACGUCCACUCUCAGGGCGAGGUCAUCGCCUGUCUGGAGAAGGCGCUGGUUUGGGAGGCGGAGCAGCAGGAUCACGUUCAUCCAAUCAAAGAGGAGUGCCAGAGGGCCAUCCUGCGGGUGGCGGAGCUGUCGUCGGACGACUUUCACCUCGACCGACAUCUUUACUUCUCCUGCAGAGCCGACCGCGAGAGAUUCUGUCGAAACACUCAGGCAGGGGAAGGGAAAGUCUACAAGUGUCUGUUCAAUCACAAGUUUGAGGAGGCCAUGUCAGAAAAGUGCCGUGACGCUCUGACCACCCGUCAGAAGCUGAUCUCUCAGGACUAUAAAGUCAGUUACUCUCUGGCUAAAGCCUGUAAGGUGGACCUGAGGAAGCAGCGGUGCAGCCUGGACGCCAACCUGCCGCGGGCGCGCGAGGCCCGGCUGUCCUACCUGCUGCUGUGUCUGGAGGCCGCCGUGCACCGCGGUCGUCCAGUCAGCGGCGAGUGUCAGGGGGAGAUGCUGGACUACCGGCGGAUGCUCAUGGAGGAUUUCUCCCUGAGUCCGGAGAUUGUGCUGCACUGCCGCACGGAGAUCGAGGCUCACUGCUCUGGCUUGCACCGCAAAGGCCGCACUCUGCACUGCCUGAUGAGGGUCGGACGCGGCGACCGCAGCACCACGGUCGACAGCAUCUGCCAGAGCGCCCUGCAGACUUUGAUCCAGUCCGCCGACCCCGGAGCAGACUACAGGAUCGACCGGGCGCUCAACGAGGCCUGCGAGUCCGUCAUCCAGACCUCCUGCAAACACAUCCGCACCGGAGACCCAAUGAUCCUCUCGUGCCUGAUGGAGCACCUGUACACGGAGAAGAUGGUGGAGGACUGUGAGCACCGGCUGUUGGAGCUGCAGUAUUUCAUAUCCAGAGACUGGAAACUGGACCCCAUCCUGUAUAAGAAGUGUCAGGGUGACGCUGCUCGCCUCUGCCACACACACGGCUGGAACGAGACCAGCGAGCUGAUGCCGCCGGGCGCCGUCUUCUCCUGUCUGUACCGCCACGCCUACCGCACCGAGGAGCAGGGACGCCGGGUAAAUUCAGCUGAGCAGUUAUCUCGGGACUGUAAGGUGGAGGUUCAGAGGAUUCUCCGUCAGAGGGCGCUGGAUGUGAAGUUGGACCCUGAGCUGCAGAGACGCUGCAUGACCGACCUCGGCAAGUGGUGCAGCGAGAAGACGGACGCUGGACAGGAGCUGGAGUGUCUGCAGGACCAUUUGGAGGACCUGGUGUCAGCCUGCAGGGAGGUUGUGGGCAACCUGACCGAGCUGGAGUCAGAGGACAUCCAGAUUGACGCUCUGCUCAUCAGAGCCUGUGAGCCUGUCACUCAGGCCUACUGCCAUGUGAGUACUGUCCUUCCCUUCGUCUUUCACAGGGAGGAGGUUCCUCGUCCCCCGUGCCGCAGGGUGGACGUCGUCCUCUGUCUCAGCACCACGGUGAAGAACGACACGCUGCAGGACGCCAGGGAGCAGCGGGUUUCACUCAAAUGUCGUAAACAGCUGCGUGUGGAGGAGCUGGAGAUGUCGGAGGAUAUUCGGUUGGAGCCCGAGUUGUACGAUCCCUGUAAGUCGGACAUCAGCCGCCUGUGUCCCAACGUGGCCUUCGGGAACGCUCAGAUGAUCGAGUGUCUGAAGGAGCAGAAGAAGCAGCUGAGUCAGCGCUGCCACCAGCGGAUCUUCAGGCUGCAGGAGGUGGAGAUGACCGACCCCGAGCUCGACUACCAGCUGAUGAGAGUCUGCAAGCAGAUGAUCAAGCGGUUCUGUACCGACGCGGAUGCCAGAAACGUCCUUCAGUGUCUGAAACAGAACAAGAACAGCGAGUUGAUGGAUCCCAAGUGCAAACAGAUGAUCACCAAGAGACAGAUCACGCAGAACACGGACUACAGGUUGAACCCGCUGUUGAGGAAGGCUUGUCGAGCCGACAUCCCAAAGUUCUGCCAGCCCAUCCUGAACAAGGCGAGCGAGGACAGCGAGCUGGAGGGCCAGGUCAUCGCCUGCCUCAAACUCAAAUACGCUGACCAGAAGUUGUCUUCAGAUUGUGAAGACCAGAUCAGAGUGAUCCUGCAGGAGUCGGCGCUCGACUACAGACUCGACCCACAGCUGCAGAUGCACUGCACAGAUGAGAUCUCCAGGUUGUGUGCGGAGGAGGCAGCAGCCCAGGAGCAGACCGGUCAGGUGGAAGAAUGUCUCAAAGUCAAUUUGCUGAAAAUCAAACUGGAAGCCUGUAAAAAGGAAGUCCUGAACAUGCUGAAGGAGAGUAAGGCGGACAUCUUUGUGGACCCGGUCCUCCACACAGCCUGUGCUCUGGACCUCAAACACCACUGUGCUGCCAUCAUGCCCGGCAGAGGACGACAGAUGUCGUGUCUGAUGGAGGCGCUACAGGACAAGAGAGUUCGUCUGCAGCCCGAGUGUAAGAAAAGACUUCAAGACCGCAUCGACAUGUGGAGCUACGCUGCCAAGAUGGCGCCAGCGGAGGGCUUCUCAGACCUGGCGGUGCAGGUGAUGACUUCGCCUUCCAAGAACUACAUCCUGCUCAUGAUCGCGCUGAGCGUGUGCAUCCUCUUCCUGGUGGGUCUGCUGUGUGGACGGAUCACCAAGCGAGUGACGAGGGAACUGAAGGACCGGUAGAGGACCAGAGCGCUCUAACAAAAGACUGACUCCUCGCACCUUCCUCCUCGUCCUCCUCUUCCUCCUCCUCCUCUUCCAGAUGGCCGGUCUGUAACCAGCCUACCUGCACAGUGCCAACGCCAGUGCCCACAAUUGGAACCCCUGUUUCUUGGCUGCUGCUGAAUAUUUGCAUCAAAAUACAAACUGUUCCCCCGACUCUCACAUAAACCUUAAAUUCUCUCCACCUGGGCGUCUCCAACAUGAGUUUCUGAUUGGAGUGAUUUUUCAUUUCUUCCCCUCGUUGGUAUUUCUGCCCCCCACCCAACCACCACCACACAUCUGCUUUUGCCGAGGAUGUUGUCUGGGAUCUUCUGACAUCUUUUAAGUUUCCAAAUAAGCUGUUAAUAAGUUGAUGUGACUGAGGGCUGCUGAGUCUGAGGUUGGGAUGCUUUCCACUCGCUGAGUCCUGAUGCUUGUUUCUGUGAUAUUUAAAGGAGACUGGAGCAUGUAGAGCAACAGGACGUUUUGUUUUUGAUCUUCUUUGUUUUUCUAAGUGACUGUGGUUGCCUGAAUCGCACACGGAAAACUCAAACUUUUGGGGUUGAAUUCUUUGAGACGUUCCGGUCGCUUUUCAAAAGUUUUCUUAUGAAUCAUGAAGUCUCAUCCUUUUCACUCCUGUACAGGAUCACGUCCGGCUCGCUGCAUCACGUUUUGGAUUCUUCUGGAUAUUUUCACCACGAUCUGUGUCGUCCCCUGGUCGUUUGCCUUUAAUGAACGCAAUCGGUCACAUAACACACAGAGAGGCUUCAUCUUCUGCAGUAUUUAACUGAACCUGGCUGUGCACAAACAUGAGCAGUUUAUUUUCUGAAACUUGUGUAACUGAUGUUGUUCUCUGCAUACAAAGCUCUGUCUGAUAAAGUAUGUAUCAAAGACAUACUGGAGGUCAGACUUUAUUAAACCUGCAUCCAGCUGUUAACAUGAUGAUGAUUUCCCCUCGGA